GGUGAGUGAAACUUGGGGUGCUGCCUGCUGGGAAGGAAAUCCGGAAACACAGAGAGGACUCUCUGGUGGUGACCCAGGCCUUGUCAGAUCUGAGAUUCUUGGAAUCUCAGAUUGUGAGGGGUGUGGAUGGUGAAUGAAUUUGGGUAUGCCCCACUUUACCCCAGAACUGAAGAGGAAGCAAACCACUUGUCACACUUGAGGCUGCAUGACCAUUCAGAGAAGGGAGAAGCCACUUCUGAAUUCAGAGUAGGACUGCAUCACCAGGCAAAUACCUGUUCUGAGCCAGAAAGACUCUGGCUUCUGGUGAGAUCCUGAGAGUCUGAGUAGUGCCAGGAAGCAGCCUCAGAAUUUGGGGGCCCAUUACACACCCCAGCCAUGUUCCUGCGACGGCUUGGUGGCUGGCUACCUCGCCCUUGGGGCCGCCGGAAACCAAUGAGGCCUGACCCGCCUGACCCAGAACCCAGACGGGUGGACAGCUCCUCGGAGAAUUCAGGAAGUGACUGGGAUAGUGCCCCAGAAACCAUGGAAGAUGUGGGGCAUCCCAAGACUAAGGACUCGGGGGCAUUAAGGGUUUCUAGGGCUGCUUCCGAACCAAGCAAGGAGCCCCAAGUUGAGCAGCUAGGGAGCAAAAGAAUGGAUUCCCUCAAGUGGGACCAGCCUAUCUCUAGCACUCAAGAGUCUGGGAGACUGGAGGCUGGAGGGGCCAGUCCCAAACUCGGAUGGGAUCAUGUGGAUUCAGGUGGCACCAGGAGACCAGGGGUGUCCCCUGAAGGGGGACUGAGCAUCCCUGGGCCAGGAGUCCCAUUGGAAAAACCUGGUAGGCGUGAGAAGCUGUUGGGCUGGCUGCGGGGGGAACCAGGAGCUCCCUCCCGGUACUUGGGGGGCCCAGAGGAGUGUCUGCAGAUCUCCACCAACCUGACCCUGCAUCUGCUGGAGCUGCUGGCCUCUGCCCUGCUGGCCCUGUGCUCACGACCACUGCGGGCAGCCUUGGACACACUGGGCCUGCGUGGACCGCUGGGCCUCUGGCUACAUGGCCUACUGUCCUUCCUGGCUGCCCUGCAUGGGCUCCAUGCUGUUCUGAGCCUACUUACUGCCCACCCUUUGCACUUCGCCUGCCUCUUUGGUCUCCUGCAGGCCUUGGUGCUGGCUGUCAGCCUCCGGGAGCGCAGUGGGGAUGAGGAGGCCACUGACUGGGAGAGUGAGGGGUUGGAGAGGGAGGGUGAGGAGCAGAGGGGAGACCCCGGAAAGGGGCUGUGACCAUGGGGUGGGGUGGGGUGGGGGCAAAGGGUGAAGGCUUUAGGAGAAAAGUGUGAGGCAUGACCCAAAUUGUAAGCAUAGGGACCUCAGGGAUGGGGAAGAAACCCCAGAGUAUGAGGGUGCAGGGCCCCCCUUCAUAUACAGGAGAGAACAGAGCUAUUUAGGGUGUUUGUGUUUAUGGACAGUGAGGGCACUUCCCUUGGAUUCACCAGCUGUUAUUUUUGCUUUUACUUUUCUCCCACCUUCAGUUUUUUGUUUUUUUUUUCCACCUCCACUUUAAAAAAAAAAAAAAAAAAAUGUGUGAUGGUGGAGAAUAAAGACCAAAGGGUCCUGUCUACCUUUCAAAACUCUCCUGGGGUAGAGGAGACCAGGGCAGGAUAGACAGACCUCUGCAGUAAGAGAGUGGUUGGGAAACCCAGAGUGUUCCUUGGAUCUCAGGAUCUGAGCCAUCGAGGGAAGAGUGGGGCUGCUAGGCAAGUGGAUUAGGGGGUCUGGAUAGGGCCCCACAGGUGACGGGGAGCCUGCAGGGCGGAUCUGGUGAUCAUGGGAGCCAGAGGGAGUGGGGACAGUACAGGCAGUAUUGGCAGGAGGGCCAGUGCAGAAGGGCUGGUAGCUCAGGCAGUGUGGGGGAAGCACUGAAGCCUGUAGUCCCCACUUGGGGGCUAGGGGUUUGCUCACUCAGCAAUAAAUAACUGUGUCACAUCGAAUCCUAAAUAUACCACUAUAAAGUGAGA